AAUGUCAGACGUUCGUGCGCAGAGGAAGAGGCAACAGCUGAACAACUUGGUCGCCAUGGUUACUGAAUUAGCCCAACCUGGGAACACUAUUGUGGACUUUUGCAGCGGAACGGGCCAUGUGGGGAUUGUCCUGGCUCAUGCUCUUCCAGAUUGCCAGGUCAUUCUGAUUGAAAACAAAGAGGAGUCCCUGGUCAGAGCUCAGAGCCGCGGAGCUGAACUGGGUCUGCACAACAUUGGCUUUAUUCAGGCCAAUCUGGACUAUUUCACUGGACCCUUUCACAUCGGGGUUGGCCUCCAUGCGUGCGGAGUGGCGACAGAUAUGGUGAUGGAGCACUGCAUCCAGGCCCGGGCUGCCUUCGUCAUCAGCCCCUGUUGCUACGGUUUCAUCCAAAACGCAAACAAGUUCAGCUUCCCCAGGAGCCAAAGAUUUCAAGACAGCCUGACUUAUAAGGAACACAUGAUCCUGUGCCGCUUCGCCGACCAAACGGCAGUGCAGCUUCCCCCAGAGAGACGCCUCAUAGGCAAACAGUGCAUGGGGCUGGUGGACUUGGACCGCUCCUGGGCAGCAGAGGCUCAUGGGUAUUCUGUGCGAGUGAUGACGAUGGAGCCGGAGAGCUGCACCCCGAAGAACAACAUGCUGGUGGGGAGGCCGGGCCAGGCACCAGAAGAAGGCUCAUAACUCUAUAACUCCUCCAGUGAGAUAUUGGAACAUUUUAUUAGGAAGACUUCAUAUGAGAUUUUAUUUGUCCAUCUUGCUUUUCUCAUUCCAUUUUAACCUGGCAUUGAGUUGGAGAGUCCACUAUGACAUGAAACGAAAAUGGAUUUUUACUUUUUCUUGUUCUUUUUUUUUUAUUUUAUGAACUCUGCAAGCGAAUUAUUGAGUUGUUUUUAAUCUGUAUACAUAUAUAUCCCCAUGAUGUCCUUUAUUAUCAGGCCAAAAACAGGAUUUAGAAUUUAAAUAUGGGUUAAAAUAGGUUGCGGUUUGGAUUUAGAUCAAGUAGUAACUAUGGCUUAAGAGGGGAUAUUUUAGUUCUAUGAGGUAUUAACUGCUGCCACUUAUUUGGAUCAUAUUUGGAUCACCGUGUUACUAUUGUUUGAAAAUGUGCCAAAAACAACGUAUUAAAAUGUUUUAUAUGUUUCA